GAGUACUCCAAGGUUCAAAACUGCCCGCAAAACAUGACUUUUGUUCCAUAAUGUGUCAGGCAGAUGCUAAAUUUCAAUCACUUGUUUUCCCUGAGGCUGAAAUCCUGAAUGAUGUAGUUUUAGCUGGAGAUGCUCACUUUCUUACUAGUCUUCAUAAUUUUGAGGAUAGUUGGUCUCCCGAGCCAGUUAACAUUACCCCAUCCACAUCUGACUAUUUACAAAACGAAUUCAAAAACUUAUCGCUUGAGUCUAAUCAUCUGUAUGCUUCUACACAUAAAAAUCUCCAAAUUCUACAGAAUCUCAACUCAGAACUGCAUUCAUUAGGCAGGACCUCUACUGUAUACAAAAGCUUGGAAUCACUUACACCACUAAUAGGAACGAAAAAAGGAACGAAUAUCAGUACUAUGAAGUAUCAAAUAGACUUAAUGGUAACCUUGAGAGAACAAGAUCUAAAUUUUCUUAAUUCGGCUACCGGAAAAGAUGAAUUCGUACGUGAAGAACUGGUUACAGAUAUAAAAACACUAAAUGCACGCAUAAAGUCAAUGAAGAACACUUCUAAAAACAAGCGAACUAUGUAUUGUCGGGACUGGUACACUCAAAAACUUGGAAAAAUAAGUCUAAAUUCAUCCUAUGCUAUAUUGAGGUUCAAUGUUAAUGAUACUCAAACAGCUAAGAGUUUAGUCGAAAAACCUUUGCUUCGUGGUCUUUUAGAACAUGGGAUUUUUGGAACUGUUUCUCUGUCUAAUAUGAGAGUUAUUGGCUGUCACAAUACCAUAAUCAGUUUAUCUGAACGUCUUACAUCAGCCCUCACUCCAAGUACGAUCGUAGCAUGCAUUCGGCAACAGCUGCGUGUGGAUUUAGCUUUGACAGAGAACAUAAAACGACUAAGUUCAAUGUAUCCACUUGAUUGGGAUCCAACCGCACGUAAUCUUCAUCUGUUAGCAGGUCAAGGUGGUAUGGCGACAGCUACUAUACACAUAGCUCCGAACGGUUCAAUUAGUCUUGUGAAAAUUACAAAAUCAUCUAAUCCAGAUCACCCCGAACCGCAUUUAACAGAACCAUGUAAUUUCGUACCACCGAUUUCUUGGUCCUUAGAUGAAUGGUUGAUGGAAAUCAAUGACCUUUGUAAUUCGGUCGUACCAACAACCUAACUGACUGUUAUCAAUCUACUAACAUGAUUUCACUUUAGUUUCUAAAUGUUUUUCACAGAUUUUUUACCAGGCAUUACCUUUCGUUUUUUUCAACUGUCAGUUUGUUUAUUACUUUAAUGCUUUAAAUAAGGGCAUGUACUUGAAUCUAUAAACACAUAAUUCACUUCGCAUGUAAAUAUGCUUUGCUGCGAAUGUUUGUAGCUAAAUUAUGAUCUCUUGUAUUAGGAACAUCCAAC